AAUGACGGGCGCGGUGGAUCUGCCUGAAUGUCCAGUAUGCCUGGAGACGAUGUCGGCCCCGAUCUUCCAAUGCCAGUCCGGGCACAGUCUCUGCAACCAGUGCACCAGUAAUCUUGUUCCGCCGAUGUGUCCUAUUUGCCGCCAGCAUAUGACGCAGAUGAGGAACUGGCAACUUGAAGAUAUUAUUGCUAAGGCCAAAGUGGCGUGUCCGAAUAAGUCCGUGGGUUGCGUGUACACCAUGCCCUCAACUGAUGUGAAUGAUCAUCUCAAGGAGUGUAUAUUCCGUGACAUGGAAUGUCCGCUUGGCAGUGUGUCUGGGAAAUGCUCUUGGAGUGGAAAAUUGAAGGAUAUUAUGGAUCACUUCCAAGAACGCCACCAGAAAAAUUGUAACGUUAGUUCCGACACCCCAGUGAAUCUUGAUAACAUUGAACUUAAAGAAGACGAGCGCUUUUUAUACUUGGUGGCGCAGCAAAAGAUGCUAUUUAUCAUAACCGUGAAGUUAGACACAUUGCAAAAGAUGGCCUUUUGGAUUGUCCAGCACAUCGGAAGCAAAUCCGUGGCUAGGCAGCAUAUAUACGAAAUUCAUUUGACCAGCAAUUUGGACGAGCGGCGGAAACUAGUCUUCUGUGACCAUUGCUUCAAUGACGCGAUUAAGGCGGACGAAGUGUUCCGUCAGGGGAAAUGCGCUGUUGUGCCGUUUGAAGCUCUCAAGCAUUUCAUAAAGGAUAAAAAAAUUACGUUCAAGUUCUUCAUUAAAAGGCUUCCGGUGGCUAAUAAGAAAAAAGUCGAUAAUGGUAAAGAUGCUAAGCCAAAUGAUAAUAAACAGAAUCCAGCUCCCAAAGGUCCUGGACCUAAAAAGGGACCAAAGGACGCCACGGGACCUCCCAAACCUGGUCCCGGCGGAAAGCCGAAGCAAAAUAAGGCUAAUGCAUAAAGUCUGACUAUUUGUUUUUUCUAACAAUAUUGAUUGUUUAUUACCAUAUAUUAGCUAUAAGAAAAUAUGGGAUAAUUUUCGAAAUUACUAAGAAAACAAUUUGAUUUUUUUUCCAUAUUCAAAUACGUACAUAAAAUAAUUUAAUUGCAACUUCUUUUUUCUGCAUUCAUUGACAAAACAACUACGUUUUAUUUUUGAUCUUAGACAGAUUUAAAACAGGGACUAAUUUUUACAUUUACAUAUUGCAAUCAUGGCAGCAUGGCUUUGGUUGCCAUAUAUUCCUAGUUAAAUAAGUAAAUUAUUCUCUCUGAUUUUAUAAUGAAUUUGUUUUUCACAUACCUUUUGCACUCUCUCUGCUCUUAUAAUACUUAUGUCAUCAGUGAAUAAUUUUUGUGCAGGUUGCUAAAAUCUUUUUUUUUUUAAUUAUUUCAAACAGUUGCCUAUUUAAAGUAAAUUUUUAUUUGUUUAAUUUUUGUGAGGAAAAUAAAAUUUGCAAACCAUCUAAAAAUGCCAAAAAAAAACUUUUUCUAUCUAAUGGCAAAUGAGAAUCCUGGAAAACUAGGCAAUCCUGUAAAGCUUUGCCAAAUAUAACAAUUUAAGUAAAAACUGGGACUCUAUAAAUAAAUCUGUCCUCAUACACAACGUAGUUUAGGCAUUUAUAAAAGUUGAUAUCUUCAACGGUCACGAAUGUAAGAAAAAUUAAGAUGUAUAAUACCUACGUAUAAUUGUGUAGGUGCUUAUAUAUAUAUAUAUAUAUAUGUGGCUUCAUAGUAGGUACCAAAGUACGUAAAUUCUUUAUCACAAUAUACAAUCAAUGUUAAAAUAUUAUUAUGUAUAGAUAAGUAAUACUUUUAUGUGGAUUGAUCAUCCAAAACCAGUGUCAGAUGUAUCUACAGCCUUUAAUCUCCUGGCCAUUUCUCUGACACGUUGAGAUAGAGGAAGGCAUCGCAAUAGGAUAAUUCCUUCCUUUAAUGCACACACAAUGUUAUUGGGCUUCUGGUAUCGAGCGAAGUGGGUUAAAAGAAAAUAUAGAUCCUUUCCUUUAACAAUCGGUUACAGUCUACUUGUAAAAGGCAGAAGUAGUAACUCUACCGAUGACUCGAAAAUUCUACUAUAAAAGUAGUCAGCAGUCCUUUAAUAUUUAUAAGUGCAUUAAGCCGGCUCCAGAGCAGUGUGAUAUGGCUCUCGUCCAAAUCAUGAGUAUCUGGGGAACAUAAUCACAACAAACCUGAGCACGAUAUUAUCGCAGUCAACAUAAUGGAUACACACUAAUGUAUUUACAUAUAUAUGUAGAUUAAUAUCCAUUUGUGAGGUUUUUAUGUGAGUAUGGUGUCGGAAAGUGAAUUCCUAUGUGAUGCCAUUGUGUAAAGCCUCAAUAUAUCUCUCCACACAAAAUCAGUUAGGUUGGAAACAAAUUGGGCGCACUUCAUUGACCAUGGGCGUAGUUAGGCAUUUUGAUAGGGCCUGGAUGCUACCGAAAAAAUAUAAGUCCUCAUAGUGCGGCAUUGUGCUUUAUCCUCUUCCUGUGAAUGUAAACGCGGAGGGGAUUAUGGUUAGAUAUUAUUAUCACUUCUUUGCCGAUUCUAUGUGGUACGCUACAACAAAAAGGUGAUGUUUUCAUUCACCAGGGGCAAAUCCAGUAUCCUAACACGCGAUGCGUACGCUCAAGAAAUUUGUAGCAACUUCACUUACCAUAAUUAACUUUACUCCA